AUGGCUUAUUCCGUGGCAAACCAAUUAUCCUCACCACCGCCAGCUUAUCUCCGGGACUCUCCUCCGCUAUCGCACCACACCAAAGAGACUCCUCGAACAAUUCCACGUCCACAGAGCUUGACCCUCAUUCGACCUGGCUCAUUUACCGAUGACGAGUCCCCAAUCGUCCAGAAUUCACCUCGUUCCCCAGUGAAGAUCGACAGUGGAGUCCAACUACCCCAGGCUUCUAGCGUGGUUGUCGAGAAUAUUCCCCAUAAUGGCACACCGCGAAUAGAGCUCCCGGAGUUCGCUCACAUGUCACUUGGAGAAUCCACUCCGCCUCACAACUGGGAUGCUAAUUAUUCCCAAACGAACUCCCAGGCGUAUCCCUCUUCGUAUGGCCCACCCAGCAACGGAUCAUGGUCUGCAGGCGAAACCCCGAAAGAUGCUCAAGACUCGGUGAAAAAGAGCGACUCCUCUCGUGGCAGCUGGGAAAGUGUUGCUCUGGCGUCUGAUGCAUACGAGCCUUUGGCGUAUCACCACCAGCAAGAACAAGUUACACAAGGAGCUAAGCGCUCGACUUUGGGAAUGAACUUGACCGAACAGCCAUCCGGCUCGACUGGAAACCUAGCCGUCCAGCACUCAAGAAUCGCCCGUCCCCUUUCCACGUAUUCAUCUGGAUCAGAUGGCGUGGCUGCCCACCGGCGUAAUCUUUCGGCCUCGCCGUACAUGCAUGGCCGGUCAUCAUCAAGAAACUCAACUGCAUCGCCAACAGUUUCACACUUGGAUCUAUUGAAUACAUCAUACCCCCAGCCUGGGCCGAGUGUGGCUCAAUUCGAUAAUUCGCGCCUCCAAGCAUCGGUCGGGAACAAUGCUUCUCUCUUAAGCCACAAACAGACGUUUGAGAUGUAUCUGGCGAAUGUGAAGAAGACGGACUCACCAAGCGUGCAGUACGAGUUUGCAGUCUUCAUGAUAAAUUCUAUGCGCGAAAUGCCUAAUGUUGAUCUCGAGGAUUCGGAGUCUAUCACCCGAUCACGACUACUCCGGGAAUCAAAAUCCAUUCUCCAACGUCUUGCGGACCGCAGCUAUCCUUUUGCACAAUACUACCUCGGUGACGGGUAUGCGUCUGGGCUGUUCAGCAAGGGAAAGCCAGAUCAUGAUCGUGCCUUCUCCCUCUUCGUGGCUGCCAGCAAACACGGCCAUGUGGAGGCUUGCUACCGUGCAGCUCUGUGCUACGAGUUUGGCUGGGGAACAAGGCCAGAUGGCAGUCGUGCUGUCCAGUUCUACCGACAAGCUGCAUCGAAGAACCACCCCGGUGCAAUGUCGCGCAUGGCUAGAGCUUGUCUGGCAGGUGACAUGGGUCUGGGCAAACGCUACCGAGAGGGCAUCAAAUGGAUGAAGCGGGCAACGGAAUCAUCCGAUACACAGUACAACUCAGCGCCCUAUGAGCUUGGACUUCUCCACGAGACAGGAGACGGGAAUGAUGUGUUUAAAGAUGAAUCCUACGCGGCACAGUUGUUCACCAAAUCCGCAGAGCUGGGUCACGUCGAGGCAGCUUACCGACUAGGUGAUGCCUAUGAGCAUGGCAAGCUAAACUGUCCCCGAGACCCUGCACUGAGUAUACACUUCUACACGGCCGCCGCACAGCAUGGACACCCACUUGCCAUGAUGGCAUUGUGCGCGUGGUAUAUGGUUGGUGCGGAGCCUGUCCUUGAAAAGGACGAGGAUGAGGCUUACGAAUGGGCUACACGAGCAGCUCACCUUGGUGAGUACCAUUUUCUCCAAUCUACGAAAACAAGAUCAUUGCUAAUUUGCUUAGGCCUGGUGAAAGCUCAAUAUGCCGUCGGAUACUUUACCGAAAUGGGUCUGGGCUGCCGACGUGAUGUCCUCGAGGCAAACGUCUGGUACGUCAAAGCCGCCGAGCAAGGCGACGAGCGUGCCAAGAUUCGUCUCGCUGCAAUCCAAGCAGCCUCCGAAGGUGCCAACGCAGCAAUGGCCACUCGAAACGGUCGUUUCAAAAACGAAAAACCCCCUGCACAUGGUCAGUCCCAACAGCAAUGUAAAGUGGGAUAA